AACUGAACGCACGGCCGGCAGUUUUACAUCGGCGCUACUUCGCUAUUUGCACGGCUCGCGGUCUCAUUACAGCUUCUCGUGCUGCGCAUCGAUCCUGCGUGCACGCUGGCCUGCGCAAAGCUUGCCUUUUUGCAUCUAGCAUCGAGCAGCACACUGCAUCACGCCGUCGCCGCGUCAUCAAAAUGCGGUGCACAUUACUCCUCCUCGCCGCCACGACAAGCGCCAAGCGCCUCCUCCCGAAAGCACUGACGAGCCCGGCAACCAGCAAAAAGUACUUCCGCCAGUACCGGAAAUGGCAAAAACGCACGACCAAUAGGGCGGAGCGUCUAACACGGACGAGCGUCGAGGAGUUGUCUGGAUUAUUAUUUAGUAGGGACCCGCACACGGACGACCAUUCCUUAGCGGCAAAUGUCAAAGCUGGUUUAGCCACGGCAGUAGCCGUCGCGCCCGAAGCGCUGCAAUUCGCGUUGAUCGCCGGCGUCCACCCCCUCGUAGGGCUCGGAAGCACCUUAGUCGUCGGCCUGAACUGCGCUUUAUUUGGGGGGCGGCCGGGCAUGGUCUCCGGCGCGUCGGCGACUUGUGCUUUAGUGGUGGCGCCACUAGGCAAAGAACAACCGGAGGCCAUUCCCACGGCGGUGGUCCUAGCGGGCCUCCUCCAACUCGCGAUCGGCUACCUGAAAGGUGGGCGCUUGGUGCGCAUGCUGCCGCACCCGGUCGUCCUCGGCUUUGUGAACGGUCUGGCCGUUAAAGUGAUACUAGCGCAGGUCGACCACUUCCAGUUCCCGCACGGCACGUGGCUGACCGGUUCCGCAUUGAUCAACCAUUCGCUGCUGGCUCUACUCUCCUUCACGGUCAUCGAGGGCACGCCGUCGUUCAUCGCGGAGUGGGCGCCGGCGCCGCUGCUGGCCAUGCUAGCUUGUCUCUCAUUAUCACCGUUCAUGCCGGGAGUGCCUCUAUUGCGAGAUGUUGUGGGCGAGGAGGCCUUCACGGGCGGUCCCGGAGCUUUACGGUACGCGUUUCCGUCCUACAGUCUGACAUCAUUCACAACAGCUCUCCCCUACGCUUGUGAGCUGGCCGCCGUUGGGUUACUCCAGUCUCUGUUAACCCUACAAUUGGUCGACGGUUUAACAAGGGGCAACAAGUACGGACGGGGCCGCGCGUCGCGCGAAUGCCGGUCACUAGGCCUCGGAAACUUAUUAUCAGGCUUGUGUGGCGGCAUUGGGGGAUGUGGAUUGUUAGGACAAUCAUUAGUGAACGUGGCCUGCGGCGGCACUGGAAGAACAUCAGCAGUAGCUUACGUCGCGUUUGUGCUCUUCGGUCUAGUCCUGUGUGGAAAUCAAAAUUUUACGACGCGUUCGUGCUGAAUCACAUCGUCGUCCUCCACGCCAUCGACGCGACGCCUGCUCGAUGGCGUGACGAUGCCGAUUCCUCGCCGCUCGACGGAACCAGCGCGGCCACGCCAUCGCUGAGAAAUGACUUAGUGAAGAAUUGUCGGGUGCACCUGACACACUGGUUGAUUUCCACACAGGUCUAGUCUACUGCGGGUCAUUGCUAGGAAGCAUCCCCAUCGGCGCGUUAGUGGGUCUCAUGCUGGCGGUGGCAAGACAUACUUUCUCCUGGUCGUCCAUCCGGUUACUCAAGGACCGGAGGUGUACGGCUCUCGAUGCGUUAACUAUUUGGGGCGUCUCUUUACUCACGGUGAAGAAGGGUCUAGCGGUAUCCGUGGUCGUAGGCGUCUGCGUGACGGCGUUGCGGUUCUGCUGGGAGACGGCCAAUGACCUGUACUCGUCCCACGAGGAAGGAUUGGGGCGAAGAGAAAUCGAGAUGCACGGAACUUUGUUUUUCGGGUCGGCGGCGGCGUUCGCGAACCAUGUGGCACCGACGCAGUCAGAUAGGGCCUACGGGCGGUCGUGGCGACGGAAAGUGCUCAGAAGAACAGUUGUGGUCGACUUCGCGCAGUGUCGGGUCGCCGACGCGUCGGCUAUUGCUGCGAUUGAUGCGGCUUGUCGCGCUUAUGGUGAUCUGGGAAUCACGCUGGUCUUGAGGCAUUUGUCGUCGGACGCUCGGACCUUACUCCAAGCGGCGUCGGCCGUCCUCGAAACUAGUGAUGAUGAUCCAGUGUAUGAUGUGGCGGACGACAUUCCGAUCAAGCCGGAGCAGCUUUUGGAUAACCGGGCGCCGCGGGCGGACACGGUCGUGGUGAAGCCUCCCGACCGCAAAACAGUAGUCGUCCCGUCCGUUCCUGCGAUUUGUUUGUUCUUGCUGGCGGUGUGGAAGAGUGAAUCGGCGUCGGCGUCGGCGUCGAAGCGGCGGCGCUAGGUUGUGUAACUGUGUGGCUGUUGAGAAUACGCGUCCC